UAUGGUCCCAUCAACAUGAUGUUGACUACAUACUUCACUGCAGACCACAAUUUCAUUGUAAAAAAACAACCUCACCAUUAUCAAGCUAUUGAUGCAGGUGGGUGCAUAUCUAUGGAUUCAUAUGGGCAAGUUGUUGGUUUAUUCUUAGAUGAUGAAAUCCCUAACUUUGUGGUUUCAAAUGUAGGAUCCGAGCUUGAUCACGAUGUCCUUUUCCUCAUUUUCAAAGUGAAGAGGAAAAAUAGUCAAUUAGUUUGCUAUGUAUCCAAGCAGAUAGAGCAAUACAUCUCAUGGAUGUGUGAU